AGUCAACAACAUUUCAAUCAAAAUAAUACAAAUAAUAAUGUCGCUUUUUCCGGCAUACGGCGCCGACGGAAAAAAUUCAAAGGCGAAUGUUGUGAAUGCCACAGAACAGCAGCAGCAGCAGGAGCAGCAAUUGAGCGGCGCAGCCGGCGCAUCCUUCGAGGCGAAGUCUGCCAAAUGGCAAAGCAAUCCCAGCUUCGAAUUGCCAAAUGAGGUCGCUGUGACUGUGACAGAUGCGAAACCAGACAGCGAAUCGGAUUCCAAAUCGGUUUCCCAAUCUGAUUCCGAAUCGGAAUCCGCAUCAAGUAAGGCCGGCAGUGAGGGAUGCAGUGCGAACAAGCGUCCACUCGAAUUUGCCAGCAACGUUGAGUUCUACGUGGACAAGUCCUCGAACAAGGUGCACCUGGAAUGGCAGACAUUGCCGCGCCUCUCGCGUCCCCGCUACAAAAUCCAAAUGCGUCGCUUGGCAGACGCACAGCGUCCCAGGCACCACAGCCAGCCGCACAAGAAGCGCAAACGCCACGCCAGCAAAUUGCUCAGCCAAAAAUCUCAGGCGAUAGCCAAACCAAGCGCAAUCGAGUCAAUCACGGCCAGCAGCAGCCGCAUGGAACGCAUUCGAGAGCUAAAAAUAGCGAUUGGCAGCGAGCCGCAGCAAUUAGACAGUUGGCUCGAGCUGCAUCGGCUGCUGGGCGAGAAUGUGUCCAAGAGCAAUCGCUUGGCCGUUGCCGAGCAGCAGUUGCAUCAGCUGGAAACGGCACUCGAUCAUCAUCAUCCGGGCAAUGAGCGACUGCUGCAGCUAUACGUGGAGACAACGAGUGCCACCUAUCCGGAUAGUCAGGUGGCCACAAAGAUUGAGGAGCUGCUGCGACGCACGCCGUACGAGUACACGUUGUGGACGGCGCUAAUAAUGAGCACACAGGGCACAAUGGCCCGUUGCAAUGUGCCGGAUGUGUUGCAGCUGUACGAGCAGUGUAUGCGACGCAUGCAUCUCGGCCCGAAGGAUCAGGGCCAGCAAACAGAUGAACUGAUGCUCAAACUGUAUCACAAUUGUGUCCUCUUUCUGCGCCAAUCGGCGAAUUUGGAGCAAAUGUUUGCGCUGCUUCGCCUUGCAUUGGAAUUGAAUUUUCCCCGCACCGAUUUCGUGUGCUUUGCGGCCAGUGUCCAGGAUGAGCAGCCAUUGCUGGAUUACGAGGAGUUGGUGUUGCGCUCGGGCAUGCCCAUGCCAGAGAUUUGGACACGCAUCGAGCGACUGCGACAGGCCUAUCAAUUUUUACCAUAUCCACAACAGCAGCAGGAGCACCACGAGCACGAGCAGGAGCAACUUGAUCCGCAGCGCUGCGUUUACAGUUCGGAUGUCUGCCAUUAUAUCUAUCCGCUGAAGGAGCGUGCGAAUACUCUGCACUUGCUCCUGCUCACCGUACAGCUGACCAAAUUGCCGCUGGUGCGCAGCAAUUCUCUGGCGGAUCGCCUCGCGGCUCGCAUCUCCCAAAUCGGUGAUUCGGACGCCAUUGAAAUGCUGCUCGGCUCUUUGGGGGAUCGGUUGAGCUAUGCGCUGCCACCGGAACGCGAUGGCGUCUAUUGGUCGGCCGUGUUGGAGCUGUCCCGGCAGCUGUGCGUUAGUCCCAGCUAUAUGCCGCACACAAUCGGAUUUGAGCUGUAUCAGCGAUGUGUGGCGCAACUGUUGCUGCAGUGCAGCAAUGCAUUCGAUGAUGACGAUGAUAAUGAGCCCAAGCGGCGCAUUUUCAUAGUGCUCUCGUUUCGGUUUCGCCGGCUCUGUCUGCGUCUGUUGCAGCUGUGUGGCAAGCAGACGGAUCGCUAUGUGGCCAGCACAAGGAAGGCGAUGCGUCAGCUGCUCAUCCAUCAAUCCAAUCGUUGCGUCACUCGCUUCUUCACCGAACUGGCCAUGUUCGAUUUUGAGGCGCUCGCCGACAAAACGAGCGCUCUUCAAACACUUCAACGUCUGAUCAAGGGCGACCAGGAUGCGGAUGCGGAUGCGGAUACGGAUCUGACUAUGGAUGUGGAUCGAUUGCAUGCUUUGCUCAUCUGCACAGAGAUGAUGAUCGGGCAGCAGCGUGGCAGCGAGGCGUUGCAGCUGCUAAACAGCAGCUUGCCACACGGUCGCCAACUGUUGGAUGAUGCUCUGCGUGCUGAGCCGGAGACUGAGACGGACAGGGCUAUGCCGCUGGAGGAUUACUUUGUUCCCGAUCGCCUAUUGCUCUUGUUGCGCUUGCAUUGCCUGCAGCUGCAUCUCGAUGCGCAGACGAUGGCGGCAGAGCAGUUGCUGGAGCAACUGCUUCAACAGCCUCGCUUUGCACUGGAGACGAGCUCGGACUCCAGCACCUCCAACUCGUCCUACUGCUGCCAUCGGCGAGAGCAGCUGCGUGAAUUGCAGCUGCUGCUGUUGCAGUUAGCCGGCAAAGCAGCGUCGCAACGGCUGGUUGGCUUCCUCGAGGAAUCGCUCGUCGAGUUUCCGCGCAAUCUGGCGCUGCUGCAACGCUGGAGCAGCCUCGCCUCGCUGCCCUGGUACAAGCUGCGUAUGCGACUCAUGCACACCCGUGCCGGCAUACUGUCACUGCUGCAUCUCGUGCUUGCCGCACGCUGUCGCUGCGUGGAGCAGCAGCAGCAACAGCAGCAGCAGCCUGAUCUCGACGAGCAUCUGCAUUCACGUGCACAUUUGCAGCAGUUGCUGCAGAAUCGUUUGCUGAGCAUCUUUGAGACACUGCUGCCAACGAAUCCGCAUCGCACCCAGUUGGAGGCCGAGCAGUAUGCGAUUUUGCGUCGCAAUUCGCUUUAUUGGCGCCUCUACUUGCGCACCCUGUCGACGGAGCAGACGAGCUUUGAGCGGAGCAAACGUUGCCUGCUGAUGGCAUUGGAUGAGUGUCCCUGGGACAAGGCGCUCUACAUGGAUGGGGUGACGUAUGUGCCGCAGGAGUUGGCCAAUCUGCAGGACGUCAUGAUGGAGAAACAGUUGCGCAUCUAUGCCAUUCCCGAGGAACUCAAUGUUCUGCGCGAUGCAUAGCAAAAUUCACACAAGAAAAAUUUAAAGAGUUCACAAUAAGUUAAUGUAACAACAAUGAACACCAGCCGACAGCAGUGCGACAAAACAACAACAACAACAUUUACCUCUACGCCGCAACAGCUGUACAAAUAUUAACAAACAAAAUAAAAUAUACAAUAAUUUAAAGCGAAAAAACAACAACAACCAGUGCAAAACUCCCAAGUCAACUUAAGAAAAAUAAGCAGCAGCAGCUGCAGCAACACAAAUAUGCAUACAUAAAAAUAAAAUAAAUAACAAACGAAGCAACAACAAAAUACCAACCAAAUAAAUACCAAAAAAAAUAUUACAAACAGUGUCAAUAAUAACUGCAGGCAUAUUCCUAGCGGAAAGUGUAUAAAAUAAAAUA